AGAGGGUCGAAGCCAACAGUCUGCGCAGCGUGGCCCCCAUUUAAGACCCGUGCUCCGUCCUCCUUCUCACACCCGCACACACUGCUAAUUCUGCUACUGCUGCUGCUUUCCUGCAGCGUCUCUAUUAUCAUUCACUCUCUUUCUGUAACAAACGUUUGAAAUGAAGAGAUAAGAACAAAGGCUUAGCCUUUCUUUACCAAGAACGGGCCCUUCAUUCUUGUCAUGAUUCAGCCGCAGAUGAUGUGCGCUAUAUGUCUAUACAUAGCAAAAUGCCAUUGAUCUGAAGAGUUUCUGCCCCAAGGGACUUGCUUUUUUGUUAAAGCAAUCCCGGGAUUCACGUGUUCUUUCCCAACGGAACUCGGUAUUUAUAGCUGCAGAUCCUUCGCCACCUACGCUUGCGUAUAUGUGUGUGUCUGUGUUGGUAUACUCAGAGAUAAAUGUGUGUUCACUAAAUUUUCUUGUUGAAACAUAAGAAUAGGCGUCAAAGUUAGCGGAAAAGGGUGGUUUCUUGAUCAGUUUGUUUAUUGAGAUGAGGCUUUGGUGGAAUUUCGCGGCGGUUGUGGUGGUGGUGGUGGUGGUUGGCAGUGGUUAUGGCUUCCCGGAGGAGGAUCUCGUGACGAAAUUGCCCGGUCAGCCGGUGGUGAAAUUCAGACAGUAUGCAGGGUAUGUAGACGUGGAUGUGAAGAAUGGGAGGAGCUUGUUUUACUACUUUGUGGAGGCUGCUGAGGACCCUGACCGCAAGCCCCUCACUUUAUGGCUCAAUGGAGGCCCCGGUUGUUCGUCAGUUGGAGGAGGCGCUUUCACGGAAUUAGGCCCUUUCUAUCCCAGAGGCGAUGGCAGAGGGCUUCGGAUAAAUUCAAAAUCUUGGAAUAAAGCAUCGAAUCUUCUCUUUGUGGAGUCUCCGGCAGGUGUAGGAUGGUCAUAUUCAAAUACAAGCUCGGACUAUACUUGUGGCGAUGCUUCCACAGCUAUGGAUAUGCAUAUAUUCCUGAUGGAAUGGUACAAGAAGUUUCCCACAUUCAAAACCAGAGAUUUGUUUCUGACAGGAGAAAGUUACGCAGGGCAUUACAUCCCGCAAUUAGCUGUUGCUCUUCUGGACCACAACGAACACUCUACGGAGUUCAAGUUCAAAAUCAAAGGGGUUGCUAUUGGGAACCCACUUUUGAGACUAGAUCGCGAUGUUCCAGCAACAUAUGAGUUUUUCUGGUCACAUGGAAUGAUUUCUGAUGAAAUCGGACUUACCAUUAUGAACGACUGCGAUUUUGAUGAUUAUACAUUUGGCAGCCCACACAAUGUGUCUCUACCCUGUAACCAUGCCAUAUCGAAGGCGAACGAGAUUGUUGGUGAUUAUAUAAAUAACUAUGAUGUUAUUCUUGAUGUAUGCUAUCCAUCCAUAGUAGAGCAAGAGCUUCGACUCCGAAAGAUGGCUACAAAGAUUAGUGUUGGAGUGGACGUAUGCAUGAGCUCAGAAAGGCACUUCUACUUCAACCUUCCUGAGGUUCAGAAGGCUCUACAUGCAAACCGGACCAAUCUACCAUACAGCUGGUCUAUGUGCAGUGAGGUUCUGAAUUAUAAUGAGACGGAUGGAAACAUUAACAUUCUUCCCUUGCUCAAGAGGAUCGUUCAGAAACGUAUUCCCGUUUGGAUUUUCAGUGGCGAUCAAGAUUCGGUUGUGCCAUUACUUGGUUCCAGGACGCUUGUACGUGAGCUUGCUCAUGAUCUUCAGUUCAAGAUCACAGUCCCAUAUGGAGCUUGGUUCCAUAAAGGACAGGUUGGAGGCUGGGCAACUGAGUAUGGCAACAUGUUAACGUUUGCAACAGUUAGAGGUGCGGCUCAUAUGGUGCCAUAUGCACAGCCAUCGAGGGCUCUGCAUCUGUUCAGCUCGUUUGUACGUGGCCGUAGAUUGCCAAACAACACACGCCCCUCCAUUGACGACUGAUGAUCAGCCAACACAACAUCCUCACAAAUUAUUACACUUGGUGUUUGUUUUUGAAUCGAUCCACAGUUCCUUGAAUUGUUAUACAGCCGAAGGCGACAACUCCAUUUCUUAGCUGUGUAAUAACAAUGUGGGAUCAAAGGAAAAUCUGAUAAACACUGUGUACUUAUUUUGGAGGAAUGAAAAUCAAUUCAGACAUGCA